UGCACAUAAUGUUCUACCAUUUUGAUUUCCAUGACAUAAGGAUACAUAUACGCGUUUGUCAUACUAUAACUGUGUAUCUGUAUACAGUGUUUUUUUUUAUUACUGUUUUGAUGUUCUUAUAUACAUGAACAAGGCAAGUAUGAAGACAUUAAUUUUAAGAAAUUAUAAUUAUUUACAGAACAUUUUGCACAACAUGUCAAAUUUAUACAAUAAAUGGUUGAUUCUUUUAGUGUGAAAGCUAAAAUACACAGGGUGACAAAUAAUAAGGUAUUCCUUUUAGACAAGAAAUUCAGUUUAAAACUUAAAUGCAAAAGGUAAUGGACAAAAACUAUUAUCUUACAAUGUUUUAGUUUGGUGAUAUUCUGAUCAAUAGACGCCACUGUAAUCCUUGAGGCCGCUGUAAUUAAUCCUUGACGCCACUGUAAUCCUUGACAUAACUGUAAUCCUUGACGCCACUGUAAUCCUCGGGGAAUGAAUAAUUAUGUAUCAGAUGCAUUCUAAUUUUAGAUACGUUGCAGUUUGCCUUCAUCUGUUGAUCAUUUUUGACGUCACUUGGGGUGAUUCAAGUAACAACGCAUCCAGUCCAGAUCAUAACAUCAAUGACGGAAAUAACACGGUCGAAUAUGACGUGUAUGACGUCAUUGGGCUACGUUGUUGCCCAGGAAGUAAAUGUUUCCCAUCGCAGAAGGACUUGUCUGAUCUUCAUAAUUCACUCUCUGGAAGGGUAAUUCUACCAGAUUUUACUGAAUAUUUCGAACAGGCAUAUAUGUAUAAUAGCUACGAUCAGAGAUAUCCAAGUAUCAUUGUUAUGGUACACUCAAAAGAGGACAUCCAGAAAGCUAUCAUCUUUGCCAGGAACUUUAAUCUACAUGUGACGAUUAAAAGUUCAGGAAUGCAAAGUAGAUCAACAUGGGAUGGUAGCUUCAAUAUCAAUCUGUCUGAAAUGAAAAACUACAGUGUCAACAUAGAUUCAGACAGACAUCCCGACGGCGAAAUCAAAUUACAGACGGGACUGACAUGGCUGGAAGUGUAUCAUUUGCUUGAUCAAUAUGAUAGAGUGGUUGUUGGAUCAUUUGAGAAAAAUGGGCACGUGAGCGGAUUCACUCUGAGAGGUGGACACAGUCCACUUUCUAGGAUAUAUGGAUUAUCAGCUGAUAACGUACUAGAAAUUCAGGUAGUACUGGCUGACGGAAAAGUAGCAACAUGCACAAACAGUUCUACUGUAUUUGAAGAACAUGAUGGCUCCAUCACUACGGUAGAAGACGGAGACCUGUUCUGGGCCAUGCGUGGAGGUGGAGCAGGAACAUUCGGUGUAGUUGUAUAUUAUGUGUAUAAACUACACAAGCUACCAGAGAGCAUGGUCUACAUCGAUGUGUUAUUUCUAUUAAAAGUAGGUUUACUAGACUCGAGCGUUCCAGUUCUGCGCUUUAUAAACACCAUUAUCACCUCAUUACCAAGUAAAUGGGGAGGUUACUACACUAUUGCCAAUUCGAAAAAUGUAUUUGAAGGAAACAUCGAUGUCAAUGGUGUUGCUGUGCUCGUACUUAUAAAAAUGGCACCAUGGGACGGGUCUGAAGGUAGCGUGGUGAGAGACCUUCUUGCUCUUCUGCAACUUACCUUCAAUGACGUUCAAAUGGCUAAUUACACACGCUUUAUACAGAUGAUGCAGGACAAUAGUACUUGGUUUGCGGACAGAUUUUACCGCGUCGGUAUCAUGCUACAACCAGAAAAAGUAACAUCUGACCUAGUAAACUUUUACAUACAAGAAUGUUUUGGGACUUUCGACCGAUUCAAUUUCAGCUGCGAUGGAGUUUUGACAGGAGGUGACUCAUCAACAUUCUUCCAAACUUCCACACCCCUUCAUCCGGGUCAUAGAAGUGCAAUUACAGAUCUGAACUGUUAUGUGCAUGUAAGGGUCGAUCAGCCAUUUUUAAAGCAGUCUGCAGAUGAUGACGUCAUUAUUCCUGCUGUAAACAGAUUGAACGCACGCCUUCGUAAAUUUGGAAAAGGCCUUAGUUUUGUAAACAUCGAAAAGAACAAUCCAAACUGGAAAGACGACUACUGGGGGGAACAUUACAACAGACUGCUUGAAAUCAAACGUCGUUAUGACCCUGAAAACUUUUUAACAUGUUAUCAUUGUGUAGGGUCAGAAGUAAGAGGUAUUGUCAUACCGAACGAAAUUUCAGCUGGGUUCAAGUACACAAAAAGCUACUGGUUCCUAUCAGUUAUCAUACUACGAGCAAUCUAAAACGACAGUUUGUGCAUUGAGUUGCUUGGACACUUCAAAAAUAGAAAAGACAUGUGAAAAGCUACUGAAACAUACUGUACAUACACGUAACCAAAACCUUAAUUAAACGAAGGCAGGUGGUGGCUAUUUAAAUAUUAAGACACAAGUUUCAGAUACAUAGACAGUUUUCAAAACACGAUAAAAAGAAUUUAUACUUACUUGAUACGAAAAACACACAGUUGUACGAAACUAUUACUCCUUGCCCCAAUUUCACGAAAAAUCUUAAGUAAUUACUUAGUUAAGUCUGUUAUUUCAAGUGCUUGUUUUUGCCCUUUAUGCGUCUUCUAUGUUGCCUUUUCACUAUAUCAGAAUCGUAUGUGACUAUUUCAUUGAUAAAAACACAACAAUUCUGAAUUUUACAGAAAAUGAAGUAUAAAAAUAAGAAAUAUACUUAAGCAAAUAAUUAAGUUCGUUAUAUUGUGCUUAAAUAGAAAUAUCAUAUUUGCGUGAGUGAAAUAAUUACUGCAGACAAAUAUUACUGACCAUAGUUUAAUUCAGCUAUAAAUACAUUGGUAUGGAAAAAAAUCAACAUUAAAUAACAACAGCGUACGCAAUAGCAUGAUUUUAAAAUAACAGACUUAACUAAGUAAUUACUUAAGCUUUUUUGUGAAAUUGGAGCCAGAUGUUCUAAUGAAGGCACUGGCCUCCCAAAACUCCCCGAAGCGAUUAUUUCCCUUUACGGUACAUUAAUCACUGCAAUCAUGAGUUCUUUAAACAGAUCUGGUUAUUCUUUUUUAAAAUUGCAUUAUUCGCAUCUAGAUGGUAAUAUUCGCGCACAUAAUUGUUCAAAUAACAAACUGAAGUGAUUUUCUUUUGUGAAAAUAUCUAUUGGACGUUUGACAAAGGAAACAGGCUGCCGAAAAUCGUUGCUUUGGCGUCUCCGCUAUUUUGCAGUAUUUUGUGACUUUGAAGUUUUUCUCAUCGUCACGUGGUAUCUUGUGAAUGUGGCGGUUAUAAUGAACAAAAGGGAAGGUAACCGCUGUGAGGAGCUUGUUGCCUCCCUUUGCCUUGUUUCAGACCUGUUAUAUAUAUAUUUAUAUAUAAUUGACUUCUGCUAUGAUUAGAGCUUUAAUUGUACUUUUUAAUUUUAUUAUGUUUAUAACAAUUUCCAGGUGAUGUCGAUGACGUUAGACUUGCAGCAGGAAUUAAAAGACUUCACUGUUGUUAUUGUAUUUUUUUAGGUAAAUUACGUCCUGCCAGCAUACACAUCUUCGCUGAUAUUCUUUGCCUAGUUCGCCGCCUUGCAUGUAGAUUAUGUUUAAAAUUGACGAAAUAUUUUAUGUGACGUCAUGAUCUAGGACUGUAUUUAUUUAUCAUACACCCUUCGUUGAAUCUAAACAUUUUCAUCCUGUUGUUAAGUUUCUUUUGCACAAAUGAAACGUCAGUUAACCACAUAACGCAACUGCCUUCGAAAGGAGCGGACAUGCAGGGUAAAACAUUUAGUCAAGCUUAUAUUAUAUUUAAAUUCAUCAUCGACACUACACGGUAUAACAUCUAUAGUAUAUUGUAUUAAGUAGACAUAACAGCGAAAGACAUCCGUUCUAGAGGAACAACAAUUUACUUUUUCUACAUAUGCUCCAAUGUGGUAUUAUCUUCGUACUCCACUCUGUCCCGCCCUGUCCCUCAUGAUACUAGUAUAUUUAUAGAUCAUUUCACGAAAAUCUUUGUGUUUAGAGAAAAGAAAAUCGAGAAUUCGCACAGAAUACAUGCGACAGAAAAUUGUCCGACAAAUUCUUCCAAUCUGCUAUCAGUGCCACACAAUUGAACUCGCCCACUACCAAACCAUCUUAAGCCUGCCUGCUUAGCUCAAUAGGGAGAGCGCAGAUCGGGUCCGUGAGGUCGAGCCCUGGCCGAGGCGUAUGUUUUUCGUGAGGAUUUGAUAAAAGACAUCGUGUCUGAAAUCAUUCGUCCUUCACCUCUGAGUCAUGUGGGGAAGUUAGCAGUUACUUACGGAGAAAAGGUUUGUACUGGUACAGAAUCAAGGACCACUCGUUAGGUUAAAUGCCCGCUGUUACAUAAUUGAAAUGGCGUUAAACCCAAACCUUCUUAUUUGUCAGACCCAUGCGUGGUAGACGUUCCUGGCUCAGAAUUGAAAACAUAUCCACAUAGAAUACAAUUCACCCGAUUUAGUGCAGUUUAUCUCGCAGUGAUUUGUUUCCAUCUUUCAAGUCUUGGAUGUCUUGUGUUUCUUGCAUUUAAUUAUAUCAGUUUUACUGUCAAUUCUUGUUUUUCACUUCCUUACACUUACACAUCCCGUCUUUGUUUCUUCUCCUUUUUGUCUUGAUUUUGUCAUGUAUUAUGUCCCUUAUAAACGCCCUAUCAUCUCUUCUUGAGAAUUUUAGCGUUUAUAAUAGAGUUAUAGCCCUUGAAAUAGCCAAAAUAGUUGAUUUUUUGUUUGUGAUGCUCAUAGCUCAAAAAGUAUAUGGACUUCAACUUACUUUAUAUUUGCCAUUACCUCUACUGAAUUCUUUAAACAUUUAUGCAUGAAUAUUUUAAAUUGUAAAAAGCAAGUGUACUUUUAAGAUACAAUAGCUAUUUUAAUAUUUGAAAAAUAAAUGUGUAAAUUGUUUACAAAUGUAAAGUGCUUUGUCUAGUUACAUUAAACGUUUUUGUAGGAGAUGAGACUUUAUCUGGUGUUAAUGUGUCUGUUACUUAUUCGCAUUUGAAUAAGGAAUAAGUAACAAAAAGUACCUAGUUACUUAUUCCUUAUUCGAAAAAGGAAUAAGGAAUAAGUAACCAACUUUCUCGUCAUGUGUUAAGAACACGUUUUGUAGGUGUUAUAGU